AUGGCCGACGAAGUUUACGAAGGUGCCAUCGGCAUUGAUCUUGGAACCACCUACUCUUGUGUGGCCAACUACGAGGGUACCAAUGUUGAGAUCAUUGCCAACGAGCAGGGUAGCUACACUACCCCAUCCUUCGUUUCUUUCACCGACAAGGAGCGCUUGAUCGGUGAGGCCGCGAAGAACCAGGCCGCUAUGAACCCUACGAACACCAUCUUCGACAUCAAGCGUCUUAUCGGUCGGCGGUUCGAGGACCCCAUUGUCAAGAAGGAUGUUGAGUCCUGGCCCUUCAAGGUUGUUGAUCAGGGUGGAAACCCUGUGGUUGAGGUCGAGUAUCUCGGCGAAACCAAGACUUUCAGUCCCCAAGAAAUCUCUUCUAUGGUUUUGAUGAAGAUGAAAGAGGUUGCCGAAACCAAGCUCGGAAAGAAGGUCGAGAAGGCAGUCAUUACCGUGCCCGCUUAUUUCAACGACAACCAGCGCCAGGCUACUAAGGAUGCUGGUGCCAUUGCUGGUCUGAACGUGCUCCGUAUCAUCAACGAGCCCACUGCAGCAGCGAUUGCCUAUGGCCUCGGCUCCGGCAAGUCUGACAAGGAGCGUAACGUUCUCAUCUACGAUCUUGGUGGUGGUACUUUCGAUGUGUCUCUCCUUAACAUCCAGGGUGGUGUCUUCACUGUCAAGGCUACUGCUGGAGAUACCCACCUUGGUGGUCAAGACUUCGAUACCAACCUCCUGGACCACUUCAAGAAGGAGUUCCAGCGCAAGACUGGCAAGGACCUCUCCGGUGACGCGAGAGCCCUCCGUCGUCUCAGAACCGCCUGCGAGCGUGCUAAGCGUACUUUGUCCAACGCUACCCAGACUACUGUGGAAAUCGACUCUCUGUUCGAUGGCGAGGACUUCAACUCUUCUAUCACUCGUGCUCGUUUUGAAGACCUGAACGCUAAGUCUUUCUCGGGUACUCUCGAGCCUGUGCAGCAGGUUCUCAAGGACUCUGGCCUUGAGAAGAGCAAGGUCGAUGAGAUCGUCCUCGUUGGUGGUUCCACCCGUAUCCCUCGUAUCCAGAAGCUGCUUAGCGAUUUCUUCGAUGGCAAGAAGCUUGAGAAGAGCAUCAACCCCGAUGAAGCCGUUGCCUAUGGUGCCGCCGUCCAGGCCGGUAUCUUGUCUGGAAAGGCUUCUUCGGCUGAAACCCAGGACCUCCUCCUGCUUGAUGUCGUUCCCCUUUCUCUCGGUGUUGCUAUGGAGGGUAACAUCUUCGCUCCUGUUGUGGCCCGUGGUCAGACUGUCCCUACGAUCAAGAAGCGCACUUUCACCACCGUUGUCGAUAACCAGACAACCGUGCAGUUCCCCGUUUACCAGGGUGAGCGUACCAACUGCGCUGACAACACCUCUCUGGGAGAGUUCACCCUCGCUCCCAUCCCCCCCAUGAGGGCUGGAGAGGCCGCUCUCGAGGUCGUUUUCGAGGUUGAUGUCAACGGUAUCCUCAAGGUUACUGCUACCGAGAAGUCCUCCGGACGUAGUGCCAACAUUACCAUCUCCAAUGCCGUCGGCAAGCUUUCCACCACUGAGAUUGAGCAGAUGAUUGACGACGCUGCGAAGUUCAAGUCUAGCGAUGAGGCUUUCACCAAGAAGUUCGAGUCUCGCCAACAGCUCGAGUCCUACAUCUCGCGUGUUGAGGAGAUUGUUUCCGACCCCACCAUGUCGCUGAAGCUGAAGCGUGGCAACAAGGAGAAGAUCGAAUCGGCACUCAGCGAUGCCAUGGCUCAGCUUGAGAUCGAAGACUCGACUCCUGAAGAUCUCAAGAAGAAGGAGCUUGCUCUCAAGAGACUCAUCACCAAGGCCAUGGCCACUCGAGCGAAAAUGCAACGCCGUGCGGCAGUUACCGGCCUCAGUUAUAUGCGUCGCUGCUCAGCGUCUAUUGGAUUGCGUUAUAACUUAAUUUCUGAGCAUCAAAUUCGGCCUUGGACUCAGCAUAAGGUAGCACUUGCGUCUGACAAAAGGAGCUUUUCCAGUUCGCCUUUUUGGUGUAAAAAGAAGGACAAGACGAAAGCUACAUCUGGUGCAGAUUCUGGGAAGCCGCUGCCAAAAGUAGGCGCAAGUUCUGAAGACCCGCAUGAUUUUUCACAGCUGCAUGAUGGCAUAGCGGCUGCCCUGUCUCGACUCAGAGACGAGCUCUCUAAGAUGCGUGUGGGGGGGAGGUUUAACACCGCAUCAAUUGAGAGUCUUCGCGUGCAGCUGAACAAGAGCAGCAAGCAAUCGAUUAAGCUGGGCGACCUUGCCCAAGUUGUUCCUAAGGGUGGACGGAUGGUGACUAUCUUGGCCUCUGACGAAGAUCAUGUGAAGCCCAUUCGAUCGUCAAUAAUUUCCUCCAACUUGUCGUUAACUCCGCAAGCCGACCCUCACAAUUCUCUUCAGCUCAACGUCACGAUCCCCCCACCGACUAAAGAGUCCCGGGAUCAAACGAUCGCUCUGGCAAAGGCAGCAAUGGAGAAAUCUGCCGGUGCCGUCCGUGAUUCACGCAGUGCUGUACAUAAACGUCUUCAGGAUUUGCAGAAAAAGAAGAUUGCCAGGCCAGAUGACGUUCGGAAGGCCCAAGAACAGAUGGAAAAGCUUGCAGAGAAAGGUCAGAAGGAAGUGAAGGAACUGUUUGAGGCUACAAGGAAGGCUAUGGAGCGGGCGUAA